AUGGUUAAUUUUCCAUCAAGUUGUCUCUCCGAUAAGGAAGAAGAUGAAAUUUAUGGUUUUGGUUAUGGUGUCUUUGCGCCGCGUGUUGCUCGUGGUGCUUUAACCCAACAACAACAACUAAUACAGCAACAUACCCUACAACAACAACAGCAACUGCAACAAAAUCAACAACAGCCACAAACACAAAUACCAACAGUGCCAGGUAGUCAACAACAUCAACUACAACAAUUACAACAGCAACAUCAACAAAGUUUGAUGGCACAUCAAACACUCCCGCCAAAUGCAGCACACUUAAAUUUUGUACAACAAAAUUGCCUAAGUCCUAGAUCUGCGUAUUUUUACGAAUUUCCACCUAAUGCAGAAGGUCGCGAGACCAAAAAGCGUACAACACUAGCAAGACUUCUCAAAGGAUUAAAGACAGUAAAUCGUAGAGAUAGAAAUAAUCAACAAAAUGCUGCUCAAGUAAGGGAACACAUAUCUGAUAAUAUUACCCUAAUUUUAGUUAUUUACCUAUUAGUACCUAUUUAUUUACGUAUUUAG